UCCGCUUUAGUUCUAUUGCGAUACCGCUAGCGAAAGGAACGUUCUGCAGGCAGCUACAGCCGAGCCGAACCAGCCGAGACCGCGCGAUCCGAAUGCUCGGCGUGGUGAACGAAACGCGCAGAGUUUGGCGUUGAGAAAUGGUGCACCGACAACUGUCGCUGCCGCAGCAGCGGUUACUGCUGCUGCUGUUAGUGUUUCCGAUGCUACUUUCGGCCCAUUACUAUCAAAAGCAUCCGCGCCGGUACGAUAGCAACGAGUACGAUGAGGAUGGGUCGGUGCAAAGGGUGGAGGAGGAUCCACCGUUCAACAACUUGCAGGAGGAAGACGCGUACCUGACGGUGCCCCAGCUGGUGUGGAAGUACGGGUACGAGAUCGAAAUCCACGAGGUGCAAACGGAGGACGGCUAUCUGCUCGAUCUGUACCGCAUCGCCGGCCGGCGAGCCGCAUCCGGCAAGCCGCCGCUCCGACCGCACCGCAACGCACCGAUCUUCCUGAUGCACUCGCUGCUGAGCAGCUGUGCCGACUGGGUGCUGAUGGGGCCGGGCCGGGCCCUCGCCUACCUGCUGGCCGAUGCCGGGUUCGACGUGUGGAUGGGCAACGCGCGCGGCACGCGCUACUCGCGCAAACAUCUGCACCACGAUCCGGACGCACGCGCGGGUGAGUUUUGGAACUUUUCCUGGCACGAGAUCGGGCUGUACGAUGUGCGCGCCCUGAUCGACCACGUGCUGAACGCGACCGGCGCCGCCCGGCUGCACUACGGUGGCUUUUCCCAGGGCACGAUGGUGCUGUUCGUGCUGCUGUCCGAGCGGCCCGAGUACAGCGCGAAGCUGAUCGACAUGCAGGCCAUCUCGCCCUCGGUGUACAUGUACCGGCUGGAGGGCCGGAUCGUGCGCACGUUCGUGACGCUGGCCGAUCCGCUGGUGGCCGCGCUGGACGCGGCCGGCCGGCGCGAGAUCCUGCCGAACCGCCGGUUCAUUGCGCCGCUGGUGAAGAUCGUGUGCGCCGAUGGGAAUGUGACCGUGUGCCGGGAGCUGCUGUACGACGUGGCGGGCAGGAACCCGGCCCAGGUAGACGAUCGAAUGCUGCGCAUCUUUCUCGGCCACUUCCCGGCCGGUGCAUCGCUCCGCCAGCUGCACCACUUCUCGCAGAUCAUACGGACGGCCCGGUUCGCCAAGUACAGCCCGCUGCGGAGCACUGGCCAGGGCGGCUUCCACGCAUCACCACCCGCCCCGCUGUACAAUCUGACCCGUGCCACCGUACCGGUCGUGGUGUACUACGGGCUGAACGAUCAUGUCAUCAACUAUCGCGACGCGCUGCAGCUGGCCGACGAGGUGCCGAACCUGGCCGCCGUCCAUCAGAUCGCCGACCGGCACUUCACGCACAGCGAUUUCAUACUGGCCAAGAACUCGGCCCGCCUGCUCAACUCCAUUCUGCUGCAGGAGCUCGACCAGUACGAUCGGCGUGCCCCGCGCACAUCCGGGAAUGUAUUAGAUCAGAAUUGUUGGCCAGUGUGUAGCGUAGUAGUGAAGCGGUUCUCCUUCCGAUCGGUUGUACUUACUACGGGGUUUGUCAGUAGUAGAAUGGCGUCCGACUUAGAACGUACGGUUGUGACACGCCGGUCCAUGAUAGCCGUCAUGCCGCUGACCCUGCUGUUGUCGUCGUCGCUGAUCGUGUUGCUCGGUGUAGCGCCCAGUGUCGCCGACGCAGCAUCUGCCGAGGUGCGCUCAGAGAAUGCCAACGACGUUGGCAGCUUUUUUGCGAUCGAUAUAGAGGAUGGAGCGCUGAGUACGUCGGAGCUGAUCACCAAGUAUGGCUAUCCGGUCGAAAGCCACGAAGCGACCGGUGCAGACGGGUACGUCAUUUCCCUCACUCGAAUACCGGCGCGAACGCAACGCCACCCGCGGCCGCUGCUGCUCGUGCACGGACUGCUCGCCAGCUCCGCCGACUACGUGCUGAUCGGGCCGAACAACAGCCUCGCCUACCUGCUGGCCGACCGGGACUACGACGUGUGGCUGGCGGAUAUGCGCGGCAAUCGGUACUCCCGGCGCCAUACGCGCCUCGACAGCGACUCGCACGACUAUUGGGACUUUACCUGGCACGAGAUGGGCUACUACGAUCUGCCCGCCGUGAUCGAGUACAUCCUGGGGCAGACCGGUGCCUCGCAGGUCGACUACAUCGGCCACUCGCAGGGUACAACCGUGUUCUUCGUGAUGGCUUCCAGCCGGCCCGAGUACAACGAAAAGAUUGGCCGCAUGUACGCGCUCUCACCGGCCGUUUGCUUGAAGCGCGUCCGCAGUCCGCCCGUCCAGUGGUUGCUCCAGAACAUAGACGCACUGCACGAGCUGUUCAAUGCGCUCGGCGUGCACCAGUUCCUGCCGCACCUGACCUCACAGUACGGUUUGGCCCGCCUGCUCUGCCCCAUGACCGAUCCGGAAAAUCUGUGCAUACAGGUAGUGAGCCAAACGGUGGGACCGAAUCCAAAGAUGGCCGACAUGAUGGCAAUGCAGAUCCUCGUUGGGCACGAUCCGGCCGGCGCCUCCAUCAAGCAGCUGUUCCACUACGCCCAGCUGCAGCGCACGGGUCAAUUCCGCCAGUACGAUUACGGUCGGCGCAACAAUACCCUCCGCUACAGCCACUGGAAUGCGCCGGCGUACAAUCUCAGCGCAGUUACGGCGCCGGUGACGAUCUUUUACGCGCAGAACGAUUGGCUGAUCGAUCCGCGGGAUGCGGUGGACUUUUCCAAGCUGCUGCCGACACCGCCGACCAUGCAUCUGGUGGAGGAUGCAAACUUCAACCAUCUCGACUUCACGAUUGCCAUCAAUGCGCGCCCGAUGGUGUACGAGCACAUACUGGCCAGUCUGGAGGAGCGGGAACGAUCGAACGAUAGUGGAAGGAAGCGGGCGAGAUAGGAUUGCAGCCGCCAAAUGUCGAAUGAUUAAGUGUAGAAGUAAAGAAAAUUGUGAUACAUCAAAGAA